CAGAGAUGUUAACAAAGGCAGGUGGUGUGAGGCAGUUAGCUGAGACGGCAUCCUUUACAGCUACAUUAUUGGCUAUAACUCUGUGGGAAGGAGAGCAUUUUGUAAUUCCCCAGUCAUGGCCAUCUGGCCCUGGUGAUAUGAGUAAUCUGGAGUCUUUCUUUGCUCAGAGGACUGGGAAGGUCAGAUUGGGUGACAUCUUUAAACAACAUGGAACAGCCUAGAAGGGAUUUGUGUCGCUCUCCUAGGAUAGCCUCAAACAAGUCAACCUACUCAGGAUCAAGUUACUGUCCUUCAGGGAAGAGACAGACCCUUGCCUAUUUUCUUGCAAAUCCACAUUAUGGCAGCAUCAUUUAUGCAGACGGCCACGGUGAAGUGUGGACAGAUUGGAACAACAUGUCCAAGUUUUUCCAGUAUGGUUGGAGAUGCACCACUAAUGAGAAUUCCUAUUCAAAUCGUACUCUGAUGGGCAACUGGAACCAGGAAAGAUACGAUCUGAAGAAUAUUGUGCAACCCAAACCCUUGCCUUCCCAGUUUGGACACUAUUUUGAAACAACAUAUGAUGCAAGCUACAAUAACCAUAUGCCACUUUCAACUCACAGAUUUAAGCGAGAACCCCAUUGGUUCCCAGGACAUCAGCCUGAGCUGGAUCCUCCUCAAAACAAAUGCACAGAAAAAUCAACUUAUAUGAGAAGCUAUUCAAAACCUCAAGCUGAGUAUCGCUCUGGGUGCAGGGGGGAUCCUAACCUUCACCAGUUUCAAGCUCCAGGAUUCUAGGAAAGAAGCAACAACUUCAUUUUUACACCAUUGAAUGGAGGAGGGAGCACAUGUUAAGCACAACUAAACAUUUAGCUCACUUCUACACAAUGUCACUCUAAAUAAGUAAAUCUCAAGACCUUAAAAAUA